AGUUUCAAUGACAAAUCAUAAAUUUCCGUGCCCCGUGCCUUCGUAUCUCACCUCGAGUGAUAAAACAACGAUAAAAAUUCUUUCAAUGCAUCUAUAUCAUUUCGCCGUCCGUGACUUUAAACUUGAUGACUUUAUUUACAACUUGUUGCAAUGAUCAGCAACGAUACAACCCGGCCAUUUAUGGAAAGCGUAGGUUUUUGAAGUCACGAAAGCGUGUUAUGGGUGUUAUGCGCCGCGACGAGUACUUAAUGGUACAGUACAGUCGUUUAAUAUUUCCAUUUAUGUGGCACGGAAUCGCACACACGUCUAACCACAAAUACGUAAAUGUCAGUCAUACGGCUGAGGUGAUCGGUAUAGGUAUGUGACCGGGUGCAAUCAAAUAAUUUAAAUUGAGAAGACGAAAAUCUGUCGUGCUAGCGGUUGGUAUUUGACGUAACUGUGGGUGCAUGUAUUUACGAUGGAGGGUCAUCAGGUAAGGGCACUGUAUGACUUUACAGGAGAAUCAGGAACAGCCGAAUUAUCUAUUGUAGCAGGAGAAGUGUUGACUGUCAUGAGAGACAAUGUAGGUGAUGGUUGGUGCGAAGGUUUCAAUCAAAGUGGAAAAUCUGGACUAUUUCCAGCAGCUUAUGUUCAAGUUGUAGAAGCUGCAGCAUCCAUGUCAAGUGCCAUGACAUCGUCCCAGCAAAGUUCUGGAGAUUAUUGGGAUGAUGAUUGGGAUGAUGAUUCAGAAGUUGGUCAAACACAAGCCUAUGUUCCUAAUCAGCAACAACAACAACAGCAGCAUACAAUACAGUUAACACAAGAACAUAGCACCAUUGAUUAUGGAGAUGCUUUUUCUAUGCAAACCAUUCAUUCUGUGAUACCUGAAAGGCCUAUGCCAAAUAUACCAAAGAAAAACAAUAAAUUUUCUACUUUAAUAAAGUCAGGUGAAGAUAGCUUUUUAUCAGGGAUUAGAAUACCAACUAUCUCUGAAAGUGAAAAAAUAUAUGUAGAGGAAGUGGAAGGAGGGCAUUGUAGAUGGGUUCCAAAAGGAGAAUCCUACAAUUGUGUGGUAACAUCUCCUAAAAAGGAGUCCAAGCUGAAGGGUCUUAAAAGUUUUAUAGUUUAUCAACUCACGCCUACGUUCAACAACAUUCAAGUCUCAAGAAGAUACAAACAUUUUGAUUGGCUGCAUGAACGUUUGGAAGAAAAAUAUUGUUUCAUUCCAAUUCCACCACUGCCUGAUAAACAAAUAUCAGGAAGAUAUGAAAAACAAUUUAUAGAAAACCGACGUACACAACUGCAGGAGUUUGUUGAUUAUGUCUGUAGACAUCCUGUACUAGCACGUAGCCGUGUUUGGGAGCAUUUCAUAACUUGUACAGAUGAGAAAAGGUGGAAGGCUGGCAAGAGGCUAGCGGAAAAGGAUGAAGUAAUAGGUGUAAAUUACUUUAAUGCUAUUCAAUGUCCCGAAAGCUCCUUAGAUGCUAUAAAAGUGGAAAUACAAACGGAUGCUUAUAGUAAAUUUAUAAGUGGCUUAGAUCCUGUAGUGAAGAAUUUCAUGGCCAUGGCUGUUGAUCAGACAAAGAAAAAUCUAGUUCUGUAUAAAAGAGAAUUUCAGAAGAUUAGUCAGUCUUUCACGGCAUUGAGUCAUGCACUGGAAGUUGAUGAUAGCAGCCGAGGAAGAUUGACUCAUGCAUUGAAAGUUACAGGUGAAGCUUAUAAUGACAUAGGCAAGUUGUACGAAGAGCAACCCAAGUUCGAUUGGGAACCUCUUGCUGAUAAGUUUCAUAUUUAUAGGGGAAUUAUCAGUAAUUUCCCAGAUGUAAUCAGUAUACAUAAGAGUGCUGUACAAAAGAGGAAAGACUGUGAAAGAUUAGUCAGUGAACAUAAAAUGGAACCGCAGCAGUUGCGAGAACUUUCUCAUCGAACGGAUAUAAUAGCGCGAGCCCUGCUCGCUGAGGAAUCACAUAUUCAGACAGAGCAAGAAAUAUAUAUAAAUCAAGCCAUGAAAACGCAUCUCACGGAACAGAUUACAUUUUAUCAAAAAAUUGUAGAUAAAUUACGAGAAGCAUUAAAUGCAUAUGAAGGCUGA